AGCAAACCAAAGCAAAAGCAAAGCAAAGUAAAGCCCUUUUAUUGCAGCGUCGCACAAGCUGUGAGUGUGCGCCACGGAGGAGCUCGUAACAGUGAAGUCAUCCCCCCCUCCUCCUCAUUGCUGCUGUUUCUCGCACCUCGACUGACCGCAUUAUGGCUUCCGAUCUCGAGGAAUCGCGGGCCCAUGUUCGUGAGUUUUUUCCUCCACACCAGAUUCGCUUCCUUUCUACGUGUUGUGUGUUGUGGGGAGAGAUCGAGUUCGUGAGCAGGGUCUUCGAUUGUAACCCGGUUUGCAGUGUGGGCUACUGAAGCAUCUACAUGCAGCUGUGAGCGGAAUCCCGUCUUCGGAUUCUGUGUUUCUUGUGCGGGUGUCGCGUACUUAAGAUGAUACCAAUACUUCCAUGAUUUGUCGCUAUUAUGCGAAGCCUAAGAUUUUCUGUAGCUGUUUGAACGUGGACAAGGUUUUGUGGGAUCCAAUACCAGCUUCCAUGCAGAUUCAAUUGUCAAGGUGGUAGUAUACUCACACAGGAUAGUACUCCUUUGGCGGAUUAGAGUGGCUGGGGAUCAGCCUUGAUCGGUGACGGCUUCCUGUUCUUAUGCCACGGGGGUGCCGUCACAGGCGUUACGAAAGACGUUUUUACCAUGAAUGUAAGCAGGACACAAUUGGGAUAACAUCAUAAGUGGAGUGGCACUCAAUCCUGGCUUGAAUUAAGGGAAAGAGGCAAAAACAUGACGAAAAUGGACGAUGUUCAUGGAUCUCAAUACUCUCCUUUUGUUGCAUUCAUCUAUCUCUUCAAUUUGAUGGUUGGAACGGGAUGUUUGGCACUACCGUCUGUGCUCUUGAAAGGAGGAUGGUUCUUGGGUGGAUUCUUCAUUGUAAUAGUUGCAUUUUUGAGCUAUGUAAGUGUGACAUUUAUGCUUGAAGCUAUGGCCACAGCCAAUGCUGUUAUACGACUUAGAAGCAAGGGUGGACUUGAAGAAUUUGUUCUUUUAUCUGAAGAGUCAGGAACUUUGAAAGGAGACGGUUCUCUUGAGGAUAUGUCACAACUUCAUCCUACUGCGAGCGACACACAUUUAUUCCAGAUUAUAAGGAGGACGGAGCUUGGAGAAAUGGCGGGUUUGUUUUUCAACGAGUGGGGCAUGAUCAUCUUCUACACCAUAUUGAUUUUGUACCUCAUAGGAGAUUCUGUUAUUUAUAGCACGUUGGUUGCAAGGUCUUUGUCUGUAUUUUUUGAUGACUUCACUCCAACGGAACGGUCAUUUGACCUAUAUUUGGGCAUUUUCUUUUGUGUCAGCUUACCCCUCUGCUUUUUUGAUUUUCAAAAAACAAAGCUCUUGCAAAUGACUACUUUGGCUAUUCGGAACUUAUCGCUUUACACGAUGAUUGUGUUGUCAGCAAUGAAGCUAGUGAAGAGAGGUCGUCAAGAUACUGAUGUUCCAGUUGCUAAUAUUGCAGCACUGCCUAACUUGUUUGGAGGGGCUGUCUAUUCAUUUAUGUGUCAUCACAGUUUACCUGGCAUAAUCACACCUAUGAAAGAUAAGUCAAACCUACAGCGCAUUGUACAAUUUGCAUUUGGAAGCGUCAUUGUGGUGUAUUUAUUGCUCUUUGUUACCAGCGGCCUUGCUUUUGGCCUUGAAGGUAUCAAGGAUCCCUUGACCUUCAAUUUUCCCCCAAAACAAUAUGGUUUUCUUGGCGAUUGUCUUUUCCUCUUUCCUGUGUUCACUUUGUCGUCAAGUUUUCCCAUGCUAUCGAUAACUUUGCGCAACAACCUUGAUACUUUGAUUCAACACAUUUCACAAAAAGUGACGCAUGGAAACGCACCUUCAGACACAAUAGUUUCAACUUCUCAAUCCAAAACUGGAUAUCGUCGGAUUUUGAUGACUUUACUUGCUGUUAUUCCACCCACUGUACUUUGUUAUAUUGCUGAGCAUGCAGAAGUGUCAGUGGAUGAGCUAGUGGGUUUCACUGGUGCAUUUGCUGGAUGUGCUGUUAUGUUGAUCAUUCCAGCCUCCUUGGUUUACUGCUCCAGACGGGAAUUUGCCAAAGCAUACGCUAAAGCUUGGAAUCAUCAGAAGACGAUAUCCAAACCUGCGACCCCUAAAAACAUUCACCAGUCUCCAUUUAGUGGUCAUGUUUGGGUGCUUGCAAUUCUGGUGUGGGCAGGAUUAUCCGUUUUAUUCAAUCUUUUUGAAGAUUGGGAAUUGUCAAAGAAGUAGCAUUUGUCUUUACAAAACAGUUUUUUAGAAAACUCAUACCGCAUUUAGAAUUCUUUCCAACAAAAACAGUAAGUGUUUAAACAAUUAAUUUUUUAGAUUAUUGCCCUUGGAAAUGAUGUGAAUUAAACAUCUCCUCAAUUUUAGAUGUUGAAGAUUCUAAGAUGGUGUAUGACAUAAUUUAGAUGAUUAUUCAUGAAUGAAAAAAUUAUCAGGUGCUUUUGUCCCCAAUUAA